AUGUGGUCCAACACCACAUCUUCUCAUCCGCAGACGCGCACGACUAUCUUCGUCGCUUACGCUCCAACAUCAAGCCACGAAGAAGAAGAAGUCGAAACUCUCUAUGUGGACCUGGAGAAGUUCUACGGAGAAGAUCAUGUCUUCUACAAGGUCAUAAUUGGCGAUUUCAACGCCAAAAUUGGCCCAAGAAGAACGCCGGAGGAACUUCACAUCGGGACCCACGGCCUACAAUGGAAUGACCAGGGGGAGAGGCUCUCCGAGUUCAUCAUGACGACUAAGACCAUCCAUGGGAACUCGCUUUUAACGACAACCGUUGGACCAGAGCCGUGA